AAUGAAAAUUGUUCAACAUUUUAAAUUAAUAAUAAUUAUUAUUUAUUAUUAAUCAAUCUCACAAAUCGUAUUCUUGUCUAAUGUCUAUGAUCAUAAUGUAGUAUUGCAGUAUUCCUAUUUCCUACUUUCUUAAAGCUAAUAGGUUUUCAAAUUUUAUACUCAAGGAAACUUAGUGUAAAUUAACUUACUAAACAUUAGUUUAUGAUUUAUUAUGUAUGAUGUAUUUGGGUUCAAUUUUUCCAAAUAGUAGUAUAAAUAAUAUUUUGUAGUUAGAGAUGCAUUGUAUUCCUAUUUGGCUUCAUAAAGUACAAGAUAAAGAUAAAAUUCAACAAUGUAUUUACAGUAUUUGCUUCAGUAUUGAUGGUUCUCAAUUACUAGCAACAGCCGGUCAUGAUAUUCUUAUCUACAGAUCUAUCGAUGGACAUCUUUUACAAACUUUAAAAGGACAUAAAGAAAAUGUUAUUUGUUUGACAAAUGCUAAAAAUGGUAAAUUAUUUGCUUCUGGCUCGGCAGAUAAAUCAGUUAUUCUUUGGUCAUCCAAAUUUGAACCAGUUGGAAAAUACAACCACAAUGACACAGUCCAGUGCAUGGAUUUUAAUUCAAUAACUCAUCACUUAGCAAGUUGCGGUUCUAUGGAAUUUGGUUUAUACUCCUUAGAACAAAAAUCUGUUCAAAAAUAUAAAAUCUCGUGUAAAAUAAAUACAUGUGCCUGGUCAACAGAUGGUCAAUCAUUAGCUCUUGGUUGUGAUAAUGGAUGUAUUUCCUUACGCAAUCGAAGCGGGGAGGAAGUUGCAAAUAUUGAGCUAUCUGAUGGACAAUCUGUUUGGGCAAUUACGUGGUUAUCGUCUAAAUAUAACGAAGAUGAAAUAUUAUGCAUUACUGAUUGGGGACAAAAAUUAUCAUUUUAUAAUAAAAAUGGUUCUGAAACUUUAAAGAAUAAAAACAUACAUUUGGAAGCUUUAACAAUUAAAACCCUAAAUAAUGAUUCCUAUUUAUUAAUUGGUGGUUGUAAAGGAAAAUGCUCCAUAUUUUCUAUUGAUGGAAUAAAGUUGAGUGAAUUUGAAGACAAGCACAGUUGGAUUUGGGCCUCUUCUGUGCAUCCACAUUCAAAAUUUGUUGCGUUAGGUUGUCAAGAUGGAACAUUAGCGUAUUACAAAAUCGAGUUCAGUGUAAUACAUGGACUUUAUCAAGAAAAAUAUGCAUACAGAGAAAAUAUGACAGAUGUUGUCGUUCAAGAUUUAGUUACUAACAAAAAAGUGAGAAUAAAAUGCAGAGAUUUAAUUAAAAAAAUUGCAAUUUAUAAAGAUCGAUUGGCUGUUCAAUUACCAUCAAAAAUAGUAAUAUAUGAAUCAUCUUCAAUUCAAACAUCUGAAAUGCACUAUAGGAUCAAAGAAAAAUUGUCUGAAAAUGCUGUUUGUAAUCUACUAGUAGUUUGUUCAAACAAUCUAGUUUUGUGUCAAGAAACAAGACUUCAAUGUUUAUCAUUAGCUGGUAUAUAUGAACGUGAAUGGACCAUGAAUUCUGUUGUGAAAUAUUUAAAAGUUAUUGGAGGUUCUCCAGGCAGAGAACAAAUUUUGGUUGGAUUACAUAAUGGACAAGUUUUGAUGUUACGUGUUAAUAGUUUAGUUGUGCAGCAAUUAUUUAAUGUUACUAAAAGUGUCCGUUGUUUCGAUGUUAAUAUAUCAAUGGACAAAGCAGCUAUUGUUGAUGAUGAAAACAAGUGUUCAUUUUUUGAUAUGAAAUCAAAAAAGCUUCUUUUUCAAGAGUCUGAUAUUACUAGUGUGGUUUGGAAUUCAAAAUUUUCUGACAUGGCAUGUUUUUCGGGUAAACAUAUAUUUAAUAUCAAAGUUAAUGAAUUUCCAGCUCAUCAACAGCGUAUCAUAGGACAUGUAAUUGGCAUGUGGGGUUCUAAAAUAUUUUCUCUAAACGAUUCUAUAGUAUCUGUUAUUGAAGUUGCAUUAUCAGUUCCAUUAUAUCAAUAUUUAGAAAAAAAAUAUUUUAGCAAAGCAUAUCAAAUUGCCUGUCUUAAUGUCACUGAUACUGAUUGGAAAAUACUAGCUCGAGAAGCCUUAGAACAUUUUGAUCUCAUAAUUGCCAAGAAGGCUUUUGCUAAUAUUAAUGAACUGAAAUACUUGGAGCUAAUUACACUAUAUGAAGAAAAAGGAUCACACAAUGAUAAAGACAAACAUUGUCUGCUGGCUGAUGUACUUGCUUACGAAGGAAAGUUCAAAGAAGCUGCUAGAAUUUAUCAAAAAUGGGGUUUUGAACAUAAAGCUUUUACCAUGUAUACCGAUUUGAGAAUGUUUGAUUUGGCACAAGAAUUUAUUGGAUUAAAUACGGCUGGUGAAAAUAAAGAACUACUUAUUAAACGUGCUGAAUGGGCUAUGAGUAUUGAUGAACAUAAAGUAGCAGCAGAACUUUAUAUUUCAGCUGAAGAAUUCGACCGUUCUAUUGAUAUUAUGGUUCAUAAUUGUUGGACUCACAUGCUUUUAGAACUUGGACGUCACACUGACAAAGCUGAAGAAGUAGUUUUAAGUAGAAUUGGUGAUGAGCUCCGUAAACUAGGCGAUACAGAAAGUGCUGUUGAAAUAUAUGCUAAAUUGGGCAAGGAUAUGGGACCUGACAUGGUAUCUUUGCAUGUAGAGGCCCAUAAUUGGGAUCAAGCCUUUGCCCUAGUUGAAAAAAACCCAAUAUUUGCUCCUCUAGUAUACUUACCUUAUGCUGAAUGGCUGGCAGAAAAUGAUAAAUUUGUUGAAGCACAAAAAGCUUUUCUUAAAGGUGGCCGACCAGAACGUGCAUUCCAGGUAUUACAGAUGCUGACCGAAAAUGCUGUUGACGAACAACGUUUUCAAGAUGCUGGUCAUUAUUAUUGGUUAUUAAGUAGACAAUAUUUAAAUAUUGCUUCAAAUAGUAAUGAAACCUCUGACAAAAUGAUAAGCCAACACAAUUUAUAUGACAAGUAUGCUUCAAUAUAUUAUGCAUACAAUGCUAUUCACCGUUACAUGGAGGAUCCUUUUAUGUCAUAUCAACCAGAAACUUUAUUCAAUAUAUCAAGAUUUCUCAUGAAUAAGACAAAAAAUAUAAAUCUAAAAGGAGUUUCAAAAUUUGCAAUAUUAUAUACAUUAUCAAAACAAGCACUUACCAUGAGGGCAUUUAAGUUAGCAAGACAAAUUUUAACAAAAUUACAACAGCUGAGAAUUCCUUCUGAAUAUCAAGAUUAUAUAGAUCUUGCUUCAUUGAGUAUUCGUGCAAAGCCAUUUCAUGACAACGAAGAUCUUUUAUCAAUGUGUUAUCGUUGUUUAACUUAUAAUUCUCCAGUUGUUCCAACAUGUAUCACAUGCAAUCACAAGUUUAUAUUUUCCCACAUAAAAUUUGAAAUUUUACCACUGAUUGAAUUUCAAUUAGAAGAUAAUAUAUCAGAUACUGAGGCAUUGAAAUUAAUACAAAAUUCAUAUGAUGAAAGUAAACCUAAAGAGUCUGAAAAUAAAUCUCAGAAAAUUAAUACAUUGAUUUUAAAUGAAGAAAAUCAAGAUCAAUCUGUUGACCCGUUUACAUAUAAACUUAUGAAUUUUGAGAAUAAAGAAAAUACUUAUCAACCCAUAAAAGUAAACAAAAAUUUAUUAAAAUCAAUGAGCACCACUAGUAUAUUAGUUUGUAAAUGGCCAAAGCCAUUGAAGUUUAAAUACUACAGAAAUGUAUUACCUGGAUUUUCAGUGACUAACUGUCAAAAUUGUUUUAAGAUGUUUCAUUCAGAUGAAUAUGAAGUUGAAGUAUUAAGAUUAGGUUAUUGUCCAUUUUGCAGAACAAAGACAGGAUAGUAAUCAAAUAAGGAAAUGAAAAAAACUGUACUUUUAAGACAAAAAAAAAUAUAUUUUAAAAAUAUUAAGCAUCUGGCUUCUUGCUUUUACCCAACUUCUUUAGGGUCAAUGUAGCUCGUUUUUGUGAUUCCAAAAUGGCACUAGCCCUCCUCAGAGAAGCCUAAA